AUGGCUACGGAGGCUUCCUGUAUUUUUUGCAAAAUCAUCAAAAAUGAAAUUCCCUCUUUCAAGUUGAUUGAGACAGAAACAGUAUAUUCAUUUCUUGAUAUUCAGCCUACUACUGUUGGUCACUUGUUGGUUGUCCCAAAGUACCAUGGUGCUAAGCUCCACAACGUACCAGAUGCAUAUCUGAAGGAUAUUCUUCCUGUGACGAAGAAAUUGGCUGUUAGUCUGGGUCUUGAUGUGGAUUCUCCUCUUGGAGCUGGCUACAAUGUCUUACAGAACAAUGGCCGCAUAGCUCAUCAAGAGGUUGAUCAUGUUCACUUUCACUUGAUCCCUAAACGUGAUUCAGUCACGGGGCUGGGAGUUGGAUGGCCUGCUAAGCAAGCUGAUAUGAAAGAUCUUGCUGCAUUGCACGAAGAAUUGGUUCGAAAACUAGGUGAUAAGUAG